CCUGGGAGCGGGACCACGCCUUGCUAAGUCAUCAGCUUUGUUUCAUCCAAGAACCAUUUUGCCUGCGAUGGGUCUCUCCAAGAUCGCCCUUGGCUUUGGCUUUCCGGGUGAAUCAAGGACGCCUUCAAGAUGCUAGGAGCGUUCUGCUCCGGACGGGAAAUGCGUCGCUGAGACCCAGCUAGCGCGAGCUUGCACUAGGGAGCAUUUUAUACUUUGUUGCUUGAAGAGCUUUGAUAGCUCUAGCAUAAAAAAAGGAAGUGAGCGGUUCCUGCCUCCAGGAGGCCAAUGUGUGUUGAUAAACACCAGCCAGGUUUUAAGAAACAGCUCACUGGGGCUGGGGAUUUAACUCAGUGGCAUAAGCGUCUGCCUUGCAAGUGUGCAGUCAUGAGUUCGAUCCCUGGUACCGAUAAAAACGAAAAAGGCCAAAAAAAAAAAGAAAGAAAGAAAAAGAAACAGCUCCUUUGGAGAUCAAAAUCGAGGCGAUUUCUCAUUCUAACAACUGCUCGAUUUAGAAAGUUAUUGUGCUUGCGUGAGCUGGGACUGGAAAGAAAGAAAGAAACAAGCCAGCUUCCUUACAAGCCAGUGGAGCAGACAAGCCAGGGACAAGACUGUGGGGGGAGCUGUUGUACAGAGGAGGUCUGGGCCCUUAGGGGAGCACAGACUUCCUCCCUCCGCACCUCCAGCUCAGCUAUGGCCUAUGAACAGCAGGAAGCCAGGAAAGGAAAGCGGAGGACCCAAUGCCCUUUGACAUUCAAGCUGAAAUGACACUGAAGACAAACUUUUUUGCCACUAGAAAUGUGUGCACUGAGUUACUGCCCAUCGUGAAGCCACACGACCGCGGGCCCCGAGGACAGGAUGUGGGAGUCUGGGGAGGCCUUUGGCUCUCAUUAGCCUUGGCGAGUGCUUCUCCAGUUCUCCAGGAAUGGCCCCACCCAGCUCCUCGGAACCCCGAUGGCAUCCAUGCUGGCAGAGACUUUGUCUACAUUCUUCUCGGAAAAUCUGAAAGAGGGAGAGUGGUGAACAUCAGUAGUUCCCAGGGCUUCAGAGCUCUUGAGGACUGCGGCGAAGCCCUGCAGGAACGCUUCCGGUGUAACACGCUCACGGAGGGGGACUUGGUGGACCUCAUGAAGAAGUUUGUGGAGGAUGUGAAAAACGAGGUGCACGAGAGGGAAGGCUGGCCCGACUCAGCUUAUGGGGUGUCCAAGUUGGGGGUCACAGUCUUGUCGAGAAUCAUAGCCCGGCAGCUAGAUGAGAAGAGAAAGGCUGACAGGAUUCUGCUGAAUGCCUGCUGCCCCGGGGACACAGCCGGGGACCAGGGCUCCAGGAGCCUGGAGCAGGGGGUGGAGACCCCUGUCUAUUUGGCCCUCCUCCCUCCAGAUGCCACUGAGCCCCACGGCCAGUUCAUCUGUGACAAAGUGGUGCAGAACUGGUGAACGUCUGCUGCAGGGCUGCAUCCUUCUUCCAUAGUCAUGUUUACAACACACAACUGAAACAGUGAUCUCGGAGCGGGACACUAGCACACUGUGUCUGAGCCCCCUCUGCAUCCCUUCCUGGAGCUUGGUGCCUAACAAAUGUCAGUGGGAGGAAUAAAUGCAUUCUGACGCUGGAGUUGGACUCUCUUUCUGUGUGGAGAAAGCAUGAACGCCCACCCAGGAAAAGACUGUUCAGUCCCAAGAUCUGCAGCUGAAUGGUUUUGCUGUGCCCCAGCUCAGAGGGAAAAGGACCCACGGGCAUAUCGAAUUUUAGUGGCUUCUGACCACCUGACAGGCUCACUGAAACAAACUGCUAGCCCAUCAUGAUGGCGCACGAUUGGAAUCCCAGCAUUCUGGGAGGGUGAGGCAGGAAGAUAGAAAGUUUGAGCCUAGUGUGGAUGACUUGGCAAUUUAUCAAGAUUCUGUCUCAAAAAAAAAAAUUACAAAUGGGUUGGGGCUGUAGCUAAUUGUGAAAGCUCCAGUUUUAAUCCCUGGAGUAAAGAAAGAAGAUUGCUGCUUCCCACCCCAAGGUUUCUGAUCCAGUAGGACCUGAAAUUGGCAUUUCUGACAAAUUCUCAGGAAAUACUGGUGCUGCCUGACCUGGGGCGGUACUGAAAAAGAACACAGGGUGUUUUGAGAGGUUUGAUCUCUAACUCAUGGUGAUCCUGCUGCCUCAGCCUUUCAAGUGCUGAUCUUAAUUCUAUUUUUAUUGUUUCUGUCAGAAGACAAGAAAAUUAUAACAUUAAAAAUCUUCAUAGGCUUUUAUAUGCAA